UGAGAACACAAACAUUGAUGUCCGUUCUUACAGAAAGAGCAAACAAAAUUUGUGUCAUUUUAACAAAUUUAAAGAGAUGAACCGAUCUGAAAGUCUCAGAUCGGAUACUGCAAUGUCAUCUGUCUUGGCCAUUGAUCCUGGUGCCAGCAGUAGUACAAGCACCAGCAAUACAAACACUAGAAGUGUUAGAAUCAAUGUAAUGGAAGGAGUUGGUGCCAGAGUUGUGAGAGGUCCUGACUGGAAAUGGGGUAAACAAGACGGAGGAGAAGGACACAUAGGAACUGUGAGGAAUUUUGAAUCACCUGAAGAGGUGGUCGUUGUUUGGGAUAAUGGAACUGCAGCUAACUAUCGCUGUGCAGGAGCUUAUGACUUGAGAGUAUUAGACAGUGCUCCAACAGGUUUGUACUUUUAAAUUUAAAUAUUUGGGUGCAUAUUUUGAUGUUUGUUGGUUAUAUUAUAAGUGAGAUUUUAAGGAAAGUCUGGAACCUAAUAUUGCAAUCUCAAAUGAAAAAAAAGAUCUGGAUGAUUCAUCAUUGAUCUUAUUUCACAUUUACUUGACUUAGCACAUCCAUAUAAAAAACAAAAUACGAUUAAUGUGUGAAUAUAUAAGAAUCAGGGCUAUCAGCAAAACAUUUUGAAUGAUGUAAAUGUAACCAAUUCAAGUAUUAAAAAAUUGAAUGUGAAUUUAGUGCCACGACUGAUACGGUUUAGUACAACUUAUUUCAGUUCAAAUGUCAUUUCUAUUCAAAUCUGUUGUGAUUGAAUUUUACAUUUUCCUUCUUUUAUUAUUUAUGGAACUUUGAAUGAACUUAACUGUUUGCACGAUCAUUAAACUGUGGUACACAGAAAUAUUUUCAUUUAUGGCCCAAUUUCUUGCAUGUCAUAUAGAAAAAAAACACAAAUUGCAAGUGUUUUUCUGAAACAAUAAGACAUUUUAAACAGUGUAUCAUACAGCAAUAAAAUUUUAACUGAAUAAAGUUGCCUCAAAUUUCUAUGUCAAAGCAACUUAUAACAUGAGCGGGGGUGAGUAUUUUAUUCAGUGAUUUGAAACUGAUGAAAAACAAGGUCAAAUUUUGAGAAGUUAAAUAUCAAUGAAAGUUGCGCUGAAAAUAAUUAUUUGUCCACCUAAGUCUGGUAAAAUCAUAAAUCAGAUACGUCAUUUUGUUUAUAUUGGUAUAUGUACAGAAUAAUCCCUAGAGGUAGAGCUUAGUUUAACUUAACCUGUAUUUUUUUGUCUUUAAAAAAAUUGUCAGGUUUUUACAUAACGUAAGAUAGGAAAAGAUAAGAUUCUUUGUUGAUCCAGAUAAAUUGUAAUGUUUUUUUAAUUACAUUGUGUGUAUUCAAUUUCAGCCACAUAAAUAAAUACAACAUUUUACAAUUAUAACAAUUUAAACACAAGAAUCUAAAAUAUUUCUCUAUCGUAGAAAUCAGCCAUAAAUGAACUCCCUUAGCGACAAUACUUACUUAAUUAAUGAUCAUUUAGAUUUGGUAAGCACUGGGGGAGCACACUGGUAAAUUUUUACUGACUUUCAUCCUGCACCAUCUCCUCAAAUUUUCCCUUCUCCAACCGAAAACCUUUCUCUCAAAGACGUAAUCUUUUGAAAAGAUGUGCACCAUUUUUCAUGAUCAUUAUGAUGUAAAGAUGUAGUGCACCAAAAAUUUGCCAUGAUAUAGUAGUUGCAAUUUUUCUCAGUGAUCCAAAAUAAUAGAAAAAAAUUAUGUUUAUUUGGUGAUCUGUUUUUUAAAUUUAUUAUUUUGUUAAAAAAAAAUAUUUUAUAUUUUUUUAAAGCGGAUGGGAGUAGUUGGGAGAGGGCAUGAAAACAAUAGAACAAUGUCUUUAAAGGUGCAAAUUGAUCUGGGGAGGAUAUUAGGAUGGGAGAGCUCAAGGGUAGGAUAGAAAUAGGGGGGAUUGUGGAAAGUGUGGAUGAGGUUGAGGUAGGUGGUGCCAGGGGUAUUGAUCUAGAGUCAGGCUUUUGGAAAAUGGCAUGGGGCUUUUGGAUACAAGUUACUGAAAACAUGGGCACCUUGUGCUUACAUUUUUUUGUCUGGAAAAACUAUGUGUAUAAUGAGAUUACAUAGUGAUAUAGUAGAGUAGACAUACAUGACAAGCUAGGGGGAUUUACAUGGUCAAAGCCAGGUUAAAAUUAUAGUUAGGCUAUAAUUUAUGAAAUUACAAAAUUACAAUACACUGUGCCUGUAAUACUUCAGAGUCUCCAUUUCGUAUUAACAGGUGGGUGGUUUGUGAGGAAUUUAUGUGAGAAUUAAGAAAUGACAUGAGAUGGUUGAGUGGGGAUAUUUGUUUAUGUAGAAAAACAAAUGUAGAUUGCAAACACAAUUUAUAAACAUGCAUAGUGUAUAAUUUUGCUUUCUUUUCUAUUUUUAAAAAAAGUUUUCUUAAUAUAUAAUAAAAUGUAUCAGUAAGUUUCAGAUGGUGUUAAACAUUUUGAAAUUAUAAUAUAUGUUAAUAACGCAUUGUCUGUUUUUAUUUCUUAUUAAAGGAAUCAAACACGAUGGAACAAUGUGUGAUACCUGUAGACAGCAGCCAAUAUUUGGCAUCAGAUGGAAGUGUGCUGAAUGCCCUAACUUUGAUCUCUGCUCCGUUUGCUACCAUGGAGACAAACAUAACAUGCGUCACAGGUUUUACAGAAUUGCCAACCCUGGAAAUGAAAGGUUAAUUCAAAAGUAUAAGCAACUGAACUUUCUUGUAUUACAUUUCAACCAAUAUAUUUAGCUAUAUUACGAUGACCUUGUUGAUUACCACUCUAUAAAAUAAACACAUGAUUUUUUAAAAAUCUUGAAAUUUAUUUAUUUCAGACUAAUUUUAUAGUGUGGACAGAAAAUUACUGCUAUCUAAUUAUCCCAACAGGGCAGUGUCUUACAUAAAUUUCAGAAUUUUGCUCUGCUAUUUUCAGAAUUCUCAUUGAGCCUAGAAGGAAAGGCAAGAAAAUAACUGCGAGGGGCAUUUUUCCUGGUGCUAGAGUUGUAAGAGGUGUUGACUGGCAGUGGGAAGAUCAGGACGGAGGGAAUGGCAGGAGAGGAAAAGUCACAGAGAUACAGGUUUUGAAUAUUAUCAAAAAUAUUUAAUUGAAUAUACCCAUUAAUUAAAAUUAAAAAAUUUUUUUUCUAAGUCUCUAAUUUUGUAUUCUAAAAUUUUUUUUUUUAUAAACUUUUAUCUACACCAAAAUUAAUGAUGUUGAUGUCCUCUAGGACUGGAGCGCAGCAAGUCCCCGCAGUGCCGCCCAUGUUCUUUGGGAUAAUGGUGCAAAAAACCUGUACAGAGUUGGAUUUGAAGGAAUGGUAUGUUGUAACAAUCUAAUGCUAUCAAUUACAGAAUUAGAAAGGGCAAAGUUUCUUGUCCAUUUUGUGUUUUUGAUUAAUUUUUUUCAAAAAAUCUGCUCAGAUUACAUGGAGUCUCAGACCUAGUUAUAAUUAUUGUUCAUUUAUUUUAAAUUUAAGUUAGAACUCAAGAAAAAAUAAUUUUUACAAAAUUAUAAAAAGCUUUGAAUUUUUAUGGUUCAAUUAUUUAAAAAAAAAAAAGAAUAUUGUUUAAUGAAACUAUUAUUUAAUCCAAAUUUGCACCAUAUUCCUUAAUAACAACAAUUGGCAUAUUUUCAGGCUGAUUUAAAAGUGAUGAAUGAUGCAAAAGGGGGAUCUUUCUACAGAGAUCACCUACCUCUUCUAGGUUAGUUAAGCAAUAAUUUAAAAAUAUUUGCUUCCCCAAUAUCUCACUUCUAAAAGCCUUGACAAAAGUAUUCAUGCUGAAGAUGCUAUCCUGCUAAAUAUAAUAAUUUGUUUUGAAAUAUUUUGGCAAAUGAAUUUUAAAAAACUUGUAGUGUUUGCUUAAAAAGGCUAUUGCUCAUUUUUCAACAAAUGGGUGAAUAUAUCUGCUGAUCAAAUGCAUUUGUUUAUUCUCUUGCCUUUUAGGAGAGCAAGGUCCUGGGUCACGUUCAGGACCUUGUGGGCUGGCCAUUGGUGACCAAGUUAAUGUUGACCUAGAUCUGGAAAUUGUUCAGUCUCUACAGCAUGGCCAUGGUGGUUGGACAGAUGGAAUGUUUGAGGUAAACUUCUUUAUUUAAAUCAUAAGUUUUAUUUAAAUCUACAGUUCAGUAACCUUUAAAUCUACAGUUACCAAACCUUUAAAUCUACAAUUAUGUAACCUUUAAAUCUACAAACAAUAUAAUACACCAAUUGUCCUUAUAAAAGAAAUCAUUUGGAAUAUUGGAGAAAAAAAAAUUAAGUACUUGUUAUUCUUGAACUUUAAAACAUAACGACCUCAACUAUUUUUAAGCAUAAUUUUUUUUUUAGAAAACAACUAGCUUGUCUUUUAAUUCAGGUAAAGAACUUGCCCUUAACUUGUGCAUAAUGGGAGCUGAUGUUCACUUUCAAAAGUGUUUUCAGAAGUGGCUAAUGGAUUUUUUUUUCUUUCUUUUGAGUUUAUAUUUAAUGACUAAGUUUGAAAAUAAAUGAAUCAUCACUUAAAACUCGAUUCUAAAUGAAAAUGUAUAUAAAAAUUUAUUAUUAUUUUUAACCUAGAUUUUUAAAAAUGUUUAUCCAGUGCUUAGGUACAACAGGCACUGUCGUUGGAAUAGAUGAAGAUCAUGACAUUGUUGUCUCCUAUCCAAGUGGUAACAGGUAAACAAUUACCAUUAUUAUUAUUAGUGGUUUCAUGUAGCGCGGUACCCAAGCCUAAUCAUGAACUUAAAAAUUAACAUAAAUUAAUUAAAUAAAACAAAACUAAUGUAUAUUCCCUCCACCCAUUCCAGAACAAUUUGCAUAUCAAGCCAUGGAUGACACCCAGUUUGAUCAGUUUCAUAUAUGGUGCAAACUAGAGACCGACCAAAUAUCGGCUUCGGUUUCGGCGCCGAAAGUGGCCAUUUUAUCACUUUCGGCCAAGUUUCGGUUUCGCCCGAAACUGAAAAGUUAACUUUCGGCUUAAUUUUGGUUUCGGCCGAAAUUGACGUAGACUUUUGGCAAUGCGGUCGAAAGUGACUGAGGUUUUCCGUCAUCUAAUACUCGGCGAAAGCGAUAUUUAACAACAAACUUAGCGACAUUUAAGAACAAACUAAACGAUUUUUAAGAACAAAUUGAGCGAUCUUUAAGAACAAACUAAACAAUCUUUAAAAAAAAAUAAAGUGAUCUUUAAAAAUCAAUAUAGCGAUGUUUAACAACCAUGAACAGAACAACAAUUUUGAGAGACCCAGUUUAAAAAAAUAAUUUUAACCACCAAAGGGGGUGAGGGAGGUAGUCUCCGAACGAAAUAGUUACGUCACCAGCACGGAAAGACUAGUGUGUUGUUACUAGGUUGAAUAUUAAUACAGUGAUAUCUUGCAAGCUAUUAAUGAAAACACAAAGCAUUAGUAUUACGAAAACAGCAAAACAUUCUAGUGAUAUAUGUAUAGCCUUAAUAACAUAUAUUUAGAUGGCUAUUGGCUCUAUUAGAGCCACAAUAAUUGUUGUAGGUAUAUGUUCUAGGUUGUAAUUAUAUUAUAAAGGCACUCGAGAGUCUAUUUUGCAUUAAUUCAGCCACCCCCCCCCCCCCCCCCCCCCCCCACCCCCUUCCCAUUUUUGCCAAAUUUUCUCAUAACAUACUAAUUUUAGAAAAUUGUCAAGCAAUUUAAAUUACUUUUAUAUUAAAAUGGUAAAAUCCAAAGUAUUCAUUAGAUCAAGGGUCUCAAACUCAAAUCAAAAUCAUCAUGGGGGCCGCAGGAGGUAGUGUCUGAGUGAGACUGGGCCGCAUCAAGUAUUCCACAAAAAAGCGAUUACAACUGUUAGAAUCUGCUCAACCUUUAUAAAUAACAAUAAAAACAUUCAGUGUUCUCAAGAACUCGGAUUCACUUUCUUCCACCUACUCACUGUUGCCAGAGACCUGGCAGUGCUUCUUUUUACACAGCUGAGCAACUUUGGCUUGAGUGAGGAAGCAACUAAGCCUCUCAUUAUAGCUUGAAGAGCCUCAUCAGUAAGUUUGGCCCUGAACUUUGACUUGUUAAAGUGCAUAGUGGAAAAGAGCUAUUUACACAGAUAGGUACUCCCAAAAAGUCGUAUGAUCCUCUUGAACAACCUAAAAAUUUCAGGGAAGGUGGAGGGGAAUGCAAUAAAAAGUUAUUUUAAACUUUCGGCCUACUUUCGGCUUCGGCCGAAAUCAGAAAAUCACUUUCGGUCGGUCUCUAGUGCAAACAUUUUAUUUGAAAAAUGGGUCAUGGGAUAGGAAAUUAUUUACAAUGAUAAAGCAUGAGGCUUAGCAAAACAUUUAUCACACAUAGGAAAUGAAUGAAUUAAUACAAGUAACAAUGAAUAAGCCCUUUCUCAACAAAUUCUUUGCUACAGAUGGACUUUUAACCCAGCGGUCCUGACCAAAGUGAGCACAGCUAGCAGCUCCACAUCCAUUGCCAGUGAUACUAGCCUAGCUGCACAGUUUGCUGUUGGGGAUCUGGUCCAGAUAUGCAGCGAUACAGAGAGGAUCAAAGUGCUGCAGCGUGGGCAUGGGGAAUGGGCAGAAGCUAUGCUUCCAGUAAGUGAAGAAAUUGAUAAAUUAGGCACAUUAUUUUAGAUCCCUUAAGGUGUGGAGAAAGAUUUACCAUUUCUGUGACACAAAUCAAAGUGAGUUCAUAUUGUGGGAACAGUUCAUGUGAGAGUAAUUAGUAAUAAAGGUAGAAUUGUUAUUUUUUUGUUAAUUUAAUUUUUUCUUAAAUAAACGUAGAAUUGUUCAAUUCUUUAAAUUUUAAUUUUGUUUAAAUAGAGGUAGAAUUGUUUUUAAAAAUGUAUUUCUUCUUAAGCUCAUUUAGAUACGACUAGACAGCUCAGUUGAAUAUAUGGGAAGACAUUGUUAAGCAUUAUAAAAUUAAUGUUUCCUCUUUUAGACACUGGGGAAGAUUGGCAGAGUGCAACAGAUAUAUCAUGACAAUGAUCUCAAGGUGGAGGUCUGUGGGACAUCAUGGACAUACAACCCACUGGCCGUGACAAAAGUAGCCUCAGCUGAUGGUGCUGCCAUUGGCUGUUCCUCCGGAGGUGCGUUUUUCAUGCAGAAUUAAAUGAAUAUCUCGUGACUAAAUGCUUUCUGAAUUCUUGUUAAUUUUAGUUUGAUAAAUUUAUGGAAAUAUAAUGAAAAUAAUUUCUUAUCAGCGGUGUCCUUAAGAGUAUUUAAAAUAUUAAAUACUUUGUCUUUGACUCUUGGCUAAUUAUGACUUGUGUCUUGAUAACUUCGGUUGUUAACAAAGGUUUUUGUGUUUCAUCUCAACAAUUUGUUCAUUCCCCUCCAUAUCAAACCCCCCCCCUCUCCCCCCACCCCACCCAAUCAAUAUGACCUUGCUAGUUUCUAAGUAAAAGUAAAAUUAUUAAAUAGUAUUUCAAAGUAAAAAAGGCAAAACAAACUAUCAUUAAAUAUGUCAACAAAAAUUAAAAUGCACGCCAGAAUGAGUAAUGCAGAAAAAUCUUUUUGAUUAUAAAACCUCUGAUAGCAAAGGUUUUUUACUAUUGGCAUGCAUAAUAAAAAAAACAAAACAUUUUAGAAUUUCAAUUAACACAAACUGUAAAAGAAAGUCAAUACCCUAUCUACAUUCACUAAAUUUUGGAUCACAUAUAUAACUUGGUCUGUCCUUGCUAAGUGUGAGCUUGUAAAUUAGAUAGUUGAUGCUAAUAGAGCAUUUUCAAAAAACAUAUUGGUAAGUUUAAUAAUCCCCGAACAUUCUCUAGUAAUUAGGAUUUCUAUAAUCAAAUGCAGGUUUUUCCCUUUUUAAACUCUGGAGUAUUAGAGUUUGUUAUGAAGUGUAAAAAAAAAAAAAUAGAUUUCAAGGGAGACAUUUCUGCAGUAUGUUUAAUAAUAAAACUUAUGUUUCUUCUAUUUUCUCAGAACGAUUAAGUGCCCUGUUAAAGAAACUGUUUGAGACCCAUGUAUCCGGCGAUGUCAAUGAAGAACUGGUCAAAGCCUCAGCUAACGGAGAUGGUGUCAAGGUGGAUGAAAUUUUGCAAAGACCCGAGUCAGAUGUGAGUCUUGCGUAAUCAUGCUCAUGAUUCCUUUCUUAACUUUACACGAUGCCUAACCAGUGCUCGGAUAGAAUAAUUUGUAAAUUUAACAGCAGUUUUAAUAGUCAGUUCUUUACGAUGUUUGUUACUUUGAUUGGUAAAUAUAGCGGUGGUUUUUAAUACAUCAUUGUUGAUGGUGUUUGUGGAUUUGAUGGUGUUCCUUGACCUUAAAUGUCAAGUUCUCAUUGCAGGUCAAUGGUGUGUUUGCUGGACACACAGCCCUCCAAGCUGCCUCACAGAAUGGUCACAUUGAAGUGAUCAAGGUUCUUAUAAAACAUGAUGUCAAUAUGGAAGUGGAGGUAACCUAUGAGAUAAUAAAGAAUACAUAAGUAUUUUUUUUUGCCAUGCAUGUUAAAACUAAGGAGCAUUUGUUGUUUUUAUUUUUUAAAAAAAAUUGAUUGCAUAGUUUAUUAUAAUAAAGGGUUAAUUUUAUCAAAAUUCCAUUGAAUCAAUAAUGUAUAUUUUUUUUCACAAAUUGCUUUAACUCUGAAAUUGUUCAUAAUUUUAUGUUAUAAAAUUCCAAGCUUUAAUAUGAAUACAUUUUUGGAGAGAAAUUGAAUAUUUACCUUAUGAUUUGGUAAACAACACAAAAUUUAUUACAAAUUUAAAUAACACAUUUUAAAGUUUUACAAUAAAGAGAUUUUGAUCAAUUUUCAGGAUAAAGAUGGGGACAGAGCAGUACACCACGCAGCUUUUGGGGAUGAACCAGCUGUUAUUGAACUAUUACACAGGGGUGGUGCAGACCUGAAUGCUCGCAAUAAACGAAGACAAACUCCUCUGCAUAUUGGUGUAAAUAAAGGCCACAUCGGGGUGGUUCGGUCUCUUCUGGACCUGGGGAGCCACCCUAGUUUACAGGUAAAUUAAAAGAAAGACUAACUUAUUGUGAAAUAAUGUCACAAAUUAUUUUGACUGAAAAUCCAUCUCUUUAAACUUAGCUUUUGGCACCUAGCACUUCUCUUUAGGUAACAAUUUUACAAAAAAUGGAAUUUCCCUUUUAUGGUUACAAAUUAUCAUUUAUUUUAAUUGAUAUAGAUUGCAGAUUAAAAAAAGAUUAAUAAAUAAAAAUAUCAGUGCAAUCAACCAAAGUUUUUAAAAAAAAAAUCUUGUCUUUGAAUUAUUAAAAUUUUUUUGCUGUUAAGAGAAAAAAAACAAAGGGCAUCCUCAGGUAGUCUCCCCUGAGUUUUUCCCCUUCCUUUCAGGUACCCCCCAAGAUAGAAAUGAGGCAACUAGAUCCUGAUUUAUUAUGAAAACAACACUUUCUUAUCUUUCUCCUUUGUUUAUGAAACAAUAUUUUUUCUUUAAAUUCUUUUUUUUUUUUUUGGGGUUGAGAUUGGAGUUUUAAAAAAAAGACUACCAACUUAUAGACUACCAACUUAGAGCAUUUAAUAAAAAAAAAAAAAUGGACACUUGGAGAAAUUAGGAGACAAAAACUUGCUUUUUAAGGUUUACAUGUUCUUUUUUUUUUUUUUUUUUUUUUUUUUUUUUUUUUUUUUUUUUUUUUUUUUUUUUAAAUAUUUUUAUUUAAUCUGCUGACUGUUCAAGUGUCAACAGAUGUGAUUUGAAAAUAUGGACACUUGGCUUUUUGUUCCUUUCUGAACAGGAAAUAAAUUUGGGGAGGGGGAUGGGGGGCCUCACAAUCUCUUGCAUUCAAAUAGUUUUAAAAUAUUUAAAAAUAAUAAACUUGUUGUUUUUCUUACAAUCCCAUUUCUGAUAAAACAAAUACACUUAUGUGUAUGUGCUCAAUUUGUUCGUCAAAACCUUUUUUUUUUCUGCUGCUAUGUGUGACAUCUAGAGAGACACAUCUUUAAUCCCAUGACAAAAAAACUGACUGCCGUUUCACCAGUUGGAUGUUUGAGAGUUUUUUAAUUACUCAGCUUUUUUCUUACGGGUAAUUUCCCAUAGCUGGGAAUAAUUUCUUACAAAUUUAAACCAUCCAGCUCUUGGUUGUGAGACGGACAACACAGUGCUAUAUUAGAUUUGAUAAAUGUAAUGAACUAGCAGAUACAUAUUGUUAAUAAAAUUUUUAAAAUAUAAUUUCCACAAAGGCAAUUAGUUUAUGCUUUAAUAUUCACUUUGGUUCCACAUCAUUUUACUUUAAUCUGCAGGACUCGGAAGGGGACACAGCCCUGCACGAUGCCAUCAGUAAAAAACGGGAUGACAUGAUUGCCCUUCUCCUGGAGCACACGGCCGACAUCACCAUCACCAACAACAACGGCUUUAAUGCCCUUCAUCAUGCUGCACUCAGGGGUAACCCUAGGUGA